AUGUCUGCCAUCGCCGCUAACCGUGUCUCGGUCAUCAUGAACCACCUCUCCAGCAGUGCCUCGCACCCCGCCGGUCUCUUGGCCGGCCAGGUUGCCAUCGUCACCGGUGCCGGUCAGGGCAUCGGUGGUGCCACCGCUCUUCUCUUCGCCAAGGAGGGUGCCUCCGUCGUCGUCAGCGAUCUCGAUGACACCAAGGGCAAGGAUAUUGCCAACCAGAUCAUCCAGGCCGGUGGAAAGGCCAUCGUCGUCUCUGGCGAUGUCACCGACCUUACCUUCCCCGAGCGUUUGAUCGAGGAGACCAUCAAGGCCUUCGGAAAGAUCAACAUCAUUGUCAACAACGCCGGAUUCACCUUCGACGGCAUGCUCCACAAGACCACCGACAAGCAGUUCCAGCUCAUGCUCGAGGUCCACAACGCUGCCCCCUUCCGCAUCAUCCGCGCCGCCGCCAAGUACAUGCGUCUCAAGGAUGGUGAGCCCCGCUCCAUCGUCAACGUCUCCUCCACCUCUGGACUCCACGGUAACGUUGGUCAGGCCAACUACGCCACCGCCAAGGCCGGUAUCAUUGGUUUGACCAAGACCGUCGCCAAGGAGUGGGGCCCUUUUGGUGUCCGCUGCAACACCGUUGCCUUUGGCUAUGUCGACACCCGUUUGACCCGUGCCAAGGAGAACGGUGAGACCAUGAUUGUUAACGGCCAGCAGAUUGCCCUCGGAAUUCCCAUGGGCGCCAAGAAGGAGGCUCCCCCACCCUCUGUUGUUUUUGCCGACACCCCCUUGAAGCGUGCUGGUCAGGUCGAGGAGGCCGCCGGCUCGGUCCUCUUGCUCUGCAGUCCCUUUGCCUCCUACGUUACCGGCCAUACCCUCGAGGUCACCGGUGGCAAGGGCAUCUAA